GCUGCCCAGGCUGCAAAUGACAGCUGAAAAGACGUCUUUUGGUGGUCUUUCGGGUCACCGAAAGUCCGCCGAAAGACGUCUAUAUAACACCAGUUUAGACCGACAUUGACAACACCAGCGAUGUUUUUCCUAUGCGAUGUAUUUUGAUGUCAAUGUCAAAACAUACAGUGUUGCCAGCAAAAAAAAUCAAAGCUUUGUUGCUGUCAUUCUAUCGUCUUGUUGAGCCGCGCACUGUCAAUCACACGUAUUGCGUUGUGCGUUUCGCUGACAAGCUGUGGUGUGUGUUGUAUAUCGUUCUAAUGUUAGGUUAUUAUUUAGUGUAAGAGAUAUAGAUUUACCUUUUGAUUCUUUGAUGAAUGGAUUUGAACUCGUUCCUUCGAAUGUGCAGUACAUAUCCCCACCGCAGUAGUGAUUGGUCCAACGCUUCUCCGCUGAUAGACACGCAACUAUAGCGCUAUAUAAACCAUCAGAGACGCAGGAUGGAAAACGCAAAACGUCCGAGGUUCAUCGUUCAAAUGAAAAAUGGGAAGGCUGUAUUGUUACCGAUCAAUCAAGCAUCAUCUACUCCGCCAGUCAAAAUAAACUCCUAUCAUCAUUUACAUCCGGAUGUUUUGGAAGAUUUAUCCUCGUGCUCAGAUAAAACACAAACAUACGAAGAACAUAACGAAAAUUUCAUCCAAACACCGAGCACCUCACGACAAGACUUGCUAAAAAACCCACUUCCGAAGCAAAAAUCCUGUUCAACACAAACCAAUAGACAAACUGAAGGAGAUUAUUUAUGGAACGAAAUUAUCAACAAACUAGACUUAAUACAACAGGAGCAAAGACAGCAAGCAGAGAUAUCAAACAAGAGAAUAGCAGCUUUGGAAGGACAAAUCAAUUGA